GACUGUCCCAGAGGAGGGCAAGGAGCAGGGUGAGCUGUACCCUCUGAGCCCCCACCAUGUGGCUUGGGGGGGCUAAGAAGUGUCUCUAAAAUCUCAGAUCAGGUUUUGGCUCUUCCAGGGACCCCUGCAAGCCCAGAUUUACGGAACUGUGUCAGAGAACACAUUUUACAGGCCCCUGAGCUGGGGAGAGAGACUUGGGCAGGUGCCCUCAGCCCUUCCACUGCCCCAGGCACUGGGCAGAGAGAGCCAGCACGGGAAGCACCAUAGAACCAUUUUGGCUGGAAAAGACCUUUGAGAUCGUUGAGUCCAGCUGUAAACCUGAGCCCAGUGCAGGAUCCCGGCAGUCAGGUGGAUUAUUUUCUGGACGUCCCCGAGGAGUUCGCAGAGGAAGAGGUUUCUGCGGGCACGGAACGGGCACAGCCCGGGAGGGUGCAGCACGCUGGGUCUCCCCACACCUGCCCUGAUGCGAUUGAUCGCAAAACAAGGAGAGCUGGAGCCGUUCCAAAGCGCAGCCCGUGCUCCCGCUGCGAGGGGAAGCUCUGCGCCUCAGUCCCGGGAGGGGAAGCUGCUGCUUGAGCCAGGGAGGAGAUUUCUCUCCCCAGAGCGCAAAUGCCGAGGAAGCGUUUGAUGUGUGGGCCGAGCCGAGCUCGUGUCCGUGAGCCCCGGGAGCGGAGCGGCAGCGAUGGGGCGCGGGGGGUUCCCGGGGAGCCCCGGGCGGGCGGCGCUCCCGCCCCGUCCCGCCCGCCCGGGCGGCGUCCAGGAACCGGAUCCGCGGGCUCGGCAGAGCCGCCGCAGCCAUGGACCUGCGAGCGGAGCUGCUCAAGUCCAUCUGGUACGCCUUCACCGCCCUGGACGUGGAGAAGAGCGGCAAGGUCUCCAAAUCCCAGCUCAAAGUGCUGUCUCACAACCUGUACACAGUGCUGUGCAUCCCCCACGAUCCCGUGGCCCUGGAAGAGCAUUUCCGUGAUGACGAUGAUGGGCCAGUGUCCAGCCAGGGCUACAUGCCAUACCUGAACAAGUACAUCCUGGAUAAGGUGGAGGAAGGUGCUUUUGUCAAAGAAAACUUUGAUGAGCUCUGCUGGACCCUCACAGCGAAGAAAAACUACAAACCUGACCGGAACGGGAAUAGCGUUGUAUCCCACCAAGAUGCUUUCAAGCUCUGGUGUCUCUUCAACUUUCUGUCUGAAGACAAAUACCCUCUUGUCAUGGUGCCAGAUGAGGUGGAGUACCUGCUGAAGAAGAUCUGUACAGCCAUGAACGUGGAGCUGAACUCCUGUGAGCUGGAUGACUACCUGUCCCAGGAGCCACAGGGGCAAGAGGGGCUGACGGUCUGGCAGUUCCUAGACAUGGUGAACUCAGGGCGGUUCCUGCGAGGCAUCGAGCAGGAGGCCAUCAGCAUGGCCGUGGAGGAGGUGUACCAGGAGGUCAUCGAGGAUGUGCUCAAACAGGGAUACCUCUGGAAGAGGGGCCAGCUGAGGAGGAACUGGUCAGAGCGGUGGUUCAUGCUGAAGCCCAGUGUCCUGUCCUACUACAUGAGCGAGGAGCGGAAGGAGAAAAAGGGGAGCAUCGCGUUGGACAAGCACUGCUGCGUGGAGGUGCUGCCUGACCGGGACGGGAAGAGGUGCAUGUUCUGCGUGAAGACCUCCUCCCGCACCUACGAGAUGAGCGCCUCCGACACCCGGCAGCGCCAGGAGUGGACGCUCGCCAUCCAGACGGCUAUCCGGCUGCAGGCUGAGGGAAAGAAAUCCCUGCACAAGGACCUGAAGCAGAAGCGACGGGAGCAGCGGGACCAGCGGGACCAGCGCAAGGCAGCCAAGGAGGAGGAGACGCAGCGGCUCAAGCAGCUGCAGGAGGAGAAGGAGAGGAAGCUGCAGGAGCUGGAACUGCUCAAGGAGGCCCAGCGGCAGGCAGAGAUCCUGCUGCAGGAGGAGGAGCAGCGGCGGAGGCAGCAGCACGAGGAGAUGCAGAGGACCCUGGAGAUCCAGCUGCGGGAAGCUGAGCAGGCUCGUGCCUCCAUGCAGGCAGAGAUGGUCCUGAAGGAGGCAGAGGCAGAGCGUCAGCGCAAGCGCAUCCUGGAGCUGGAGGCCAUGCAGGAGCGGCUCCAGGAGGCCCUGCAGCAGGAGGUGAAAGCUCGGCAGGAUGAGGAAGCCGUGAGAUACGCGCAGGCCAGGCUACUGGCUGAGGAAGAGGAGAAACUGAAGCAGCUGAUGAAGCUGAAGGAGGAGCAAGAGGAAUAUAUCAUCAAAACUCAGCGGGAGAAGCAAGUCCUCAAGCAGGAGAUGGAGAACAAGAACAAAUGUCUGGAAGAGGCACAGAAGCAGCUGGAAGAAGUGAGAGUGAACAGACAGCGGGUGGACCAAGACGUCAUGGCAGCCCAGCGGAAGCUGCGACAGGCCAGCACCAACGUCAAGCACUGGAACGUCCAGAUGAACCGACUGAUGCACCCCAUCGGGCCAGGAGACAAGCGUACAAACGUGAGCGGAGGAGUCUUCGCUGGCUACCAGCCCCUCCUGUCCCAGAGAGAUUCUUCCCUCAAACUCAAGCAGAAAGUGGAAGAUAAAAGCAGUGGCCCCAUGACAGACAACAGCGAGGAAAACGUGAGCAAUGGUGGGAACAGUGGUGUUCUGCCGUCUCCAGAUGCGGACACCGUGGCCACAGAGCCCACCAAGUAGCCCAACAGGAUGGCAGAGCCCAGCUGGGAAUGGUAGGGCCCAGCUUGUCCCUCUGAGCAGACGGUUGGUGUGGCUGUCUCUGGGUGAAGCCAAGUGUGGACCAGCACAGAGCAUACAGGGGACUGCAUGAGGCAGAGAUGCUCCCAUUUCCAUCAGUAAAGGGCUGCAGCUGCCACGUGCCAGGAGGCUCAGGUAGCCCAACUCUGGGGAGAGGGCAGCAGGACCAUCUCCUCUGGGCUGCUGGACUCAACUCCCUGCACUCUGGUUUCUACCCUGCCCUAAAAAAGAAGCACUGGUGGGUCAGGACUGCGUGGCUCAGGGCUGCAGUUUCCCCUUGGUUUCUACCACAACCCUUCUGCAUCGCCUGCUGAACCCUGGGCUGUGGGGCCCUGCCAGGGAUGCUUGGGCCAACAGAGCAUGACCUUCUCAUCGCCCCCCCAGCACGGCCAGGGUGUCCUUAACUACCACUGUGUUCCCUGAUGGUGGUUGUUAGUCCUAGAGUCACUUAGAAUUAGCAGAAACCAACAAGCAAUAAAGCUUUUGGAGCCGGUG